GAAGAAACCGUUGUAAGCUUGGCUUUGGCAGACCAAAAUAACCAAUCAUGUUUCAACUCAAUUCUAUUUCUGGCCAUCGUCUCAACCCCUUCAUUAUUAUUACUAUAAAUAGCCAACCCUUCUCUUCCCCAAUAACCCAUUUUUCCUACUCAUUCAAUAAACCCAUUAUUCCUUUUCGAUCCUCUGUUUCGUCACUUCCUUCAAUUCUUGCUCACAAAGGAAGUGAAGUUGAGUUUGAGAAGGAGGUCGAGGAGGAGGAAUUCGCUAUGACGAUUACUCCAUCGAUUAGAAUUUCCGAUAGGAAGCUGGUGAUAAAGGACAGAACAAUAUUAACAAAUGUACCAGACAAUGUAAUUACCACUUCCGGUGCAACAUCAGGUCCAGUGGAAGGUGUAUUUAUAGGCGCAGAAUUCGAUCAAGAAAACAGCCGCCACGUCGUGCCGUUAGGAAAAUUACGGGAUGUUAAAUUCUUAUCUUGUUUCAGGUUCAAAUUAUGGUGGAUGGCUCAAAAAAUGGGUGAGAAAGGAAGUGAGAUUCCACUGGAAACCCAAUUUUUACUUGUCGAAACCAAAGAUGGGUCCCACCUCGGAUCCGAUAACAACAACAACAAUGACAAUAAUAUUGUUUAUGCAGUUUUCCUUCCAUUAAUCGAAGGUUCAUUUCGAGCUGUUCUUCAGGGGAAUCCUGAAGACGAGCUUGAAUUGUGCCUCGAGAGCGGGGAUAAGGAUACUGUCGGCUCGGCAUUUAAUCAAGCAGUUUAUGUGCAUGCUGGUUGUGAUCCGUUUAUUGUUAUUACAGAGGCAAUAAGGGCGGUGAAAUUACACCUCAAGACUUUCCGGCAACGGCAUGAGAAGAAACUCCCCGGAAUUGUUGAUUACUUCGGGUGGUGUACGUGGGAUGCUUUUUACCAAGAAGUUACUCAAGAAGGCGUUGAGGCCGGCCUUGAAAGUCUCACUGCCGGCGGAGUACCGCCGAAGUUCGUCAUCAUCGAUGACGGUUGGCAAUCCGUCGGCGCAGACGUGGAAGUUGAAAAGCCGUUAAUGAGACUUACAGGAUUAAAAGAAAAUGAGAAGUUUCAGAAGAACAAAGAUCCAACUGUGGGGAUUAAAAACAUUGUGAAUAUAGCUAAAGAAAAAUACGGAUUGAAUUACGUGUACGUGUGGCACGCGAUAACCGGUUAUUGGGGCGGGGUCCGACCCGGAGUGAAGGGGAUGGAGGAAUACGGAUCGGUUAUGAAGUAUCCGGAAAUUACAAAAGGGGUGAUGGAGAACGAACCAGGUUGGAAAACGGAUGCGAUUGCGGUUCAGGGUUUAGGUUUGGUUAACCCGAAAAGUGCUUAUAAGUUUUAUAAUGAAAUGCAUAGUUAUUUGGCAUCAGCUGGGGUAGAUGGAUUGAAGGUGGAUGUGCAGUGUAUAUUGGAGACCCUAGGGAGUGGUUUAGGGGGUCGGGUUGAGCUCACGAAACAGUAUCAUCAAGCUCUCGAUGCUUCUGUUUCUAAGAACUUCCCCGAUAAUGGUUGCAUUGCUUGCAUGAGUCACAGUACUGAUGCACUUUACUGCUCAAAGCAGACAGCUGUUGUAAGAGCAUCAGAUGAUUUCUAUCCGCGAGAUCCAGUCUCACAUACUAUUCACAUUGCUUGUGUGGCAUACAACAGUGUGUUCCUUGGAGAAAUUAUGGUGCCUGAUUGGGACAUGUUCCACUCCCUUCAUCCAGCUGCCGAGUAUCAUGGCUCAGCUAGGGCGUUGAGUGGUGGACCUGUCUAUGUUAGUGAUGCACCUGGCAAGCACAACUUUGAUGUCCUAAGAAAGCUUGUUCUCCGAGAUGGUUCAAUUCUUCGAGCUCGCUUGCCUGGUCGACCUACAAAAGAUUCCCUUUUCUCCGAUCCUUCUCGUGACGGUGUUAGCCUCUUGAAGAUAUGGAACAUGAACAAGUACACCGGUGUGCUUGGAGUAUACAACUGCCAAGGUGCAGCAUGGAACUCAGUUGAAAGGAAGAACACAUUCCACGAAACUAAUUCUGAGGCGAUAACAGGCUAUGUCAGGGGUCGUGAUGUCCAUUUCAUAUCUGAAGCUGCGGUAGACCCCAACUGGAGUGGAGAUUGUGCUCUUUACUCCAAUGUGAGUGCUGAGCUUGUUGUUCUCCCUCAUAAUGCAGUGAUUCCCAUUUCAUUGAAGGUCCUCGAGCACGAGACAUACACUGUUACACCUAUUAAGGUCUUGGCACCUGGCUUCAGUUUUGCACCGUUAGGGCUCAUUGACAUGUACAAUGCUGGUGGGGCGAUCGAGGGACUAAAAUACGAGGUGAAGUCAGGCGCUGAAUUGUCUGAACUAGAGACUGGAUACCAAGGUGAAGGCAAUCUUGUUGCUGAAGAUAGAAUCGAGAACUUGAGCACAGAAGCAGUUGCAGUAGUGUCGAUGGAAGUAAAGGGGUGUGGUCGAUUUGGUGCUUACUCGUCUGUCAAGCCAAGGAAGUGCACUGUUGGUAGAAAUAUGGUUGAUUUUGCCUAUGACUCAGAUUCUGGUUUGUUAACUCUGAAUCUUGAUGAUAUGCCUCCAGCUGAUCAGAAAGUGCAUCUCAUUAAAGUUGAAGUAUAGAUAUUUAAAAGGCAUUAUUUUGGGGACAGAGAUGCUUCUGGGAUUAAAGUAAGGGAAACCAACUAUUCCUUUGGCUCUUCACAUCCCUCCUUUGGGUUCGCGAAUUGCGAGUUAGAAUGCACUGGUUGGGACUAGUUAGGUUUAUAUUAACUUCCCGGCUUAGAUUAUGAUCCCUAUGCUCUGUCCCCUCAACUGAUUUGUAUGUCACCAUUGAAUACUUAGCUCCGUUUGCCUUUUCAUUGAAAGAAGGCAUAGCAAAAGCUAGUGAGAGAAGGAAGGAUAAAUCUAUGUAUUUCUACUUUUGAUGGAAUGUUCAUGUCCUAGAAUAUUGUAUUUGUAUUUGAUAGUGUGUUCAUUCUUUCCCCAGACCCCACUAGUGGUUGAUGUUAUUGUAGUGUGUUCAUUCUUU